GGGCCUGCCGCCUGCUGUUUCAUCCACCGCGGUUCCUCCGUUCGGUGCGGCGUGGCGAUGCCUAGCGGUGCGGAGCACCCCGGAGACAGCGCCGCGCCGGGACCCACCCGCACAUCGACCGCGCACGCCGAGGCCCUUAGCAGUAAGAUUAAAGAACAGAAAGUUAUUGUGGAUGAACUUUCUAACCUGAAGAAGAAUCGGAAAGUAUACAAGCAGCAACAGAACAGCAACAUAUUCUUUCUUGAAGAACGAACAAAAAUGUUGUCUGAAAGCAAAAAUAAAUUAGACGAACUAAGAAAAGAUUACCAAGAAGUAGAAAACUCAGAGACAACCAAAGUCAAGACACAGUCAGCCUGACUUCACAUAACCAUGUGUGGCAUUUGCUGUUCUGUGAGUUUCUCUGUUGAGCACUUCAGUAAAGAUUUAAAAGAGGAUUUGCUGUAUAAUCUCAGACGGCGGGGCCCUAGUAGCAGCAGACAGUUAUUAAAAUCUGCUGUUAACUAUCA